UGAUAUGGGUAGUAAAUAAAAUAACACGCUGGUAUUGACCUCUCUUGUGAGUCAAUUAACACGGUUUCAGUUCAUUGAAUUCGUUGAGCAAUUUCCAUGGUUCUUGUUGACUAUAGCAAGUUCAUGUCAGAUUGGAUUUUGCGUCAAUUUUUUAUGCGCAUGGAGGGAGAAAGAAGGAAAAGAAAAAUAGAAAAUGAAGAAGAAAAUGAGGAGCAGAAGAUUGAAAGGUUCUUUGCCUUGAUAAAGAGGACAAAAGAUGUUCGCGAUCGAUUCUACAAGGAGACUAAGCAGAUGGAUGGAGAAAGGGAAAAGAGUAUUUGGAACCCAAAGUUUGAAGUAGAAGACUUCGUUGAUUCUGGAGAAAAAAUGCCAGAGACUGGUAAUGUUUCAGGUUCUCAUCAUCAUCAUGAUCUUGCAGGUCCUUCACACAAAGAGCUCGUACACGAAAAGAAAGAAGAUUUGCAAGAUGCAACACGAUUGGUGCAGGCUGAGGAAGAUAAUGGUGAAGAGAAAGACAAAAGAAUUUUUGGUGGCUACUUGAUGAUGAUGAUGAUGAUUUUGACACUGUACUUGUUAUACAUUGAAUCCAAAAGAAGGAAGAAGCUACCAUCUUUAUUAAUAUCUUUUUUCACAAGAGCUCAACAUCUAAAGUUAUCGUGCUUGGUAAAUUGCGAACACAGAUUUUCAUGACUGAACUGCGUAUAGUUAAUUAGGAGAAAAAAAAUUAUACAUAUAUUAUGAAAAUGUUAUAUAAAAAUAUCAGUGUUAAUAUAUCUUUGCCUUCGUUUGGAACCAUGAAUUCAAUUUCUUCAUAUGUCUAAUCAGCAACAGAAAGUUUUGUUCGUGUUUAUUUAUCUUUUCAAAAGUUGACUGCACAUUAACUGUUAUCUUUUUUUG